AUGGCUACAUUUCAAGGUCCAACAACGGAGGAAGCAAUCUCUUUGUUCCAAGAAAUCGAAAAGAAAUUCCCAUCACAGUCAUUGGGGGAGGACAAGUGGUACCUAGUUGCUCUUUCGGCAUUAGUUGGAGUCGAACCGGAUCACGUCGGGACGCUCUAUUCCUAUCUGAUCAGCAAGCCCGCAUAUGCAACUUCCGAGUCUCGACAAGCUCUGAUACGCCGCAUACGCGAAGGUCUGGUUGAGAACAUAUCAAUCCAGGGGGUCUGCAAACCUAUUGAGGCUCUCUUUUCAAUUGUGAAAGUCGAGCGGCCUGAGGACAGGGAUUAUUCUUGCUCCAGGGAGAAUUGGCAAGCCGGGCCCGAGAAUCGCGCAAGAGGGGAAGCAUGGCUGAAUACCAUAUAUCAAGGCAAUCUUUCUGACGCAACCGACAAGUUUGCUGCUCAUAAGGACUUUGACUUCAUCUCCCGCGAGAUCACUUACGGAUUCUACCUAUCUGAUCACAGCAUCCUCGGCCCGGUUGAGACAGAGCUGAUCGUGCUAUCUGGAAUUAUGAUCCAAAAUCUGCCUCUUGAGACUGCGUGGCAUUUACGGGGAAUUCGGAGAGUUGGCGUGAGCAAGCACGAUGUGGAAUUAAUCCAGCAAUGCAUUGAGUUAGUUGCCAAGUUUGGAGGUGCCAGACUUCAUAAAGUACCUAGAGUUGCGGAUGUUGAGCAUGAGAUAUAG